AUGAGACGUCGCCAUCUUCUCUACCUUCUCUACACAUCUUCAGUACGUCCACCAUCCUCCACUAUUUCUUUCUUUAAUGCGCCGCCGCCACUUCCUUCGCCUUUUCUUAUCCACAAGGUAUACAGCCAUGAGAGUAGCCAAAGAACUCAUGUCGACGAUACAAUCAGUCACGAGAGAGCACCAUCGACUUUAGAAGAGUUUAAAAGGUUGGAGGAAGAAAAGGCAAGUCAAGGUUUUGCUAGUCAGACCGAGGAGAAGGCAGAAGAUGGUUUCAUGGAAGCAGCCACCGGGGACAACAAUGUAGAUUCCGUCAAGGAAAGUUUCAAGGAGCCUGUUGGCGUCGGUAAUUUCCAUCACACCGGAGACGAAUGAUCAUCUUAAGGCCCAACUCACAAAAUAAACCUUGUUUUUCCAUGUAAAAAGUUUGUUGCUACACUGAUGUUUUGAGGUAUGUAAAGAGUUUCAUCUUUUUUGUAUGUUUGUGGUGCCUUAGUGAGGGAGAUAUAAUAAAAGUAUACUUGUAUGUUAUAAUUUGUACUC